UUUUUCGUUUAGCUUAACAGAACGAGAAAACUCUACUUUCAGAGACGAUUGUGCCAAGAAGUCAAGGUUCAAGAUUAUCUAAUCUGGGUUAGUUAUGGUAAAAUGAAAUCUGAGAAAUUUCUAUGGGUUAGGCCCUUUCUCCUCAACUUGAUAUUAGCUUAGCCUGGUCUAACAAGGCAUAUUCCAUGCAAUUUCUCUGUCAAACUUGUACACUUCAAAUCCAAGGCUUUUGGAGUUUGGUGUUUAUUCCCUUGAGAUUUCAUAUCUAGCUUCUGCUUCACCUCACUUUGGUUCAGAGAACAAUCAAAGGAACAUAUGGACUACUUGGGAAAAUUACUUGAGGUUAAAGAAUAUAUAAGCAGUUACUGCAAUCUUAAUAAGCAGAUGCAAAAGCUGAAAAGAAAGUUAGACGAACUGAGCAGCAGAGAAGUCGAUAUUAUUAGUGAACUAGAAUAUGCAGAGUCAUUUUCGUUAAAGAAAAGAAAGAAAGAAGUGGAAAAUUGGCUGGAAAAUGUGAAAAGGAAAAAAGAUGAAGUUCGGAUGAUGGAGCAAGCAGUGAUACAAGAGAGGCGAUUGCAGUCACGUGUGCAGUUGGGGAAAUGCAUGGAAGAGCUUACAAAAGAAGUAACAGAACUUCUACAAAGUGGUAGAUUUUGUAAAGGGUUGAUACUUGAUGUAAAUGACACUAGAGGCAAUGCAUUGUUGACAACAAAAUUAGUUGGUGAGAUGUUUAAUGAGAAUAUGGAUAAGAUUCGCACAUGUUUACUGAAGGAAGAGGUCAUAAGCAUUGGCAUUUAUGGCAUGGGUGGAGUGGGGAAAACAACCCUUGUGACGCACAUCCAUAACCAGCUUUUGAAGGAGUCAUGUACCUUUGGUAAUGUUUACUGGGUCACUGUGUCAAAAGAUUUUAGCAUUUGUAAAUUGCAGAAUGACAUAGCCAAAGUAGUGUCUCUUGAUCUUUCAUGUGAGGAUGAUGAAAAGAAAAGGGCGUCGAAAUUGCUACAAGCUUUGAUGAGAAGGAAGAAGUUUGUUCUCAUCUUAGAUGAUCUGUGGAAUCAUUUUCUUUUUGAGAAGGUGGGAAUUCCUGUCAAAGCAAAUGGCUGCAAAUUGAUUCUGACAUCAAGAUCUUUGGAAGUGUGUCGCAGGUUGGGUUGCCAAAUGAACAUCAAAGUAGAACCUCUUUCCGAGGAAGAAGGUUGGAAAUUAUUUGUAGAGAAACUUGAGCGGAGAGUUUGGUUCACUCAUGAGCUUGAAGAUGUUGCAAGGUCUGUUGCAAAAGAAUGUGCAGGGCUGCCACUGGGGAUAAUUACAAUGGCUGGAAGCAUGAGAGAAGUGGAUGAUAUAUGCGAGUGGAGAAAUGCGUUGGAAAAACUGAAGCAAUCAAAACUGGAGCAAGAUGACAUGGAAACUGAUGUAUAUCAAGUACUGAGGGUUAGCUAUAGAAGUUUGAGUGAUUCUAAUGUGCAAAGAUGUUUCUUAUACUGUGCUCUCUACCCCGAGGAUUAUAAAAUCAAAAGAGAUGAGUUGAUAGACCAGUUUAUAGAUGAGGGCUUCAUAGAGAGAAUGACAAGUAGGCGGGCACAGUUUGAUAGGGGUCAUGCUAUUUUGAAUAAACUUGAAAAUUCUUGCUUAUUGGAAGGUGCUGUAGAGUAUUUCCCAUCUGAGAAGAAGUGUGUGAAGAUGCAUGAUCUAGUAAGAGACAUGGCUCUUCAGUUGGCAAGUUCAGAUCUAGGAUUCAUGGUAAGAGCUGGAGAAGGAUUAAAAGAUUUACCAGAUGAAGACACUUGGACAAAGAAUCUUGAGAAAGUCUCUUUGAUGCAUAACAAAAUUCCAGAAAUUCCUGCUGGUGCAGCACCAAAUUGUUCUAGACUUUCAACUCUGAUGCUACAGUUUAAUGAUCUAAAAAGGAUCCCAGAUUCCUUUUUUGUCCAUUUGCAGGGUCUCAAGGUUCUUGAUCUAUCACAUACUGGCAUUGAAAGUUUGCCGAGUUCAAUGUCUGAUUUGGACAAUCUCACUGCGCUUUCACUUAAAGAAUGUGAUAUGCUACAAAAUCUCCCUUCCUUAGCAAGGCUGACUGCCCUGAGGAGGCUGGACCUUGCAAACUCAGGAAUUAUAGAAGUUCCUCAAGGUAUGGAAAUGCUGGUCAAUCUCAGAUACUUGAAUCUCCAUGCACCUAAUCUAAAGAUGUUGCCUGAUGGGAUUCUACCAAAACUUUCUCGUCUCCAGUGCUUAAUAAUUUAUGGGUUAUCCAAGACACUAAAUGUGAAAGGAGAUGAAGUAGCAAGCUUGAGAAAGCUGGAAACUUUUGCUGGUCAAUUUUUUGAUGUUAGCAACCUCAAUACUUAUGUCAAAUCCUUUGAGGGAGGAGGACCAUGUAGUUACCUACUUCAAGUUGGAUUAGACGACCCUUAUUUUGCACCAAUUGAAAGCGGAAACUUUGAUAAACAAGUGAUUUUGAAAGACUGCAGGAUAAGCAGGAGCACGGAAGGAGAAGACUCCCUGGUUCUACCAACUGAUGUUCAGUAUCUAUAUUUUCAUGAGUGCCAUGAUGCAAUUAGUUUAUGCGACAUUGCAUCAUUGAACACUGCAAGUAACUUAAAUACUCUUGUAAUCAAUAACUGUGAGGGGGUGGAAUUUGUUAUCUCUUCUUCAUCAUCCUCGCUUUGUGCUCCUCUGCAAUGCCUAGAGUCACUACGCCUUGCAUUUCUGCCGAAUUUACACACCCUCUUUACGAGGGAGAUAGCUGAAUCACCACUUGUACCACCAACACCACCACCAGGAACUUUUUCAAGUCUUAAAGAGUUUAGGAUCUAUAACUGUUCCAGUAUAAAAAUCUUGCUCGCUCCUGAGUUGCUGACAUGCCUCCAAAACCUGGAAGAAAUUCAUGUAGAAGAUUGUGGACAAAUGGUAGAGAUAAUUGCAGCACCAAGUGAUGAUGAUGCAGAAGUGAUGAUGGUUAGAGAAGAACUGAGAACUAUCACAAUCUCUCUUCCCAAGCUGAAGGUUUUACAACUUUGGAACCUUUCAGAACUGAGAAGCAUUUGUAGUUAUGGCAUGUUGGUUUGUGAUUCUCUCCAACUUGUUGCAGUUCGCUACUGCAAGAAGCUGAAAAGGAUCCCUAUCUCUAUGCCCUGGCUUGACAACCAGCCAUAUCCUCCGCCUUCUCUUCAAAUUAUCAAAGCAUAUCCAAAAGAAUGGUGGGAUUCUCUAGAAUGGGAGCAUCCAAAAGCUAAGGAUGUCCUUGGGCCCUUUUGUCAAUUUUCAAGAUAUUUGUAGUCUAUAUUAAUACAGGUUCACCAUGUCUAGGCUUUGUUAUCUGUCAAUGAUUACAAUGUCUUAGUUUUCUAAUUGAAAAUUUAACAUGCCAUAUUUUCUGUUUUGUUCUGUCAAUGGAAAAACACAUUUGGAGCUGACCUUUCUUCUA